UCACGGAUAGGGGCGUGUGUGCGUAGUGGAGAGAGAGAAGGUGGCUGGAGCUCCGCGUACACAGCCUGUUUUGUUUGCCGUCAGCUUCGCAGCGUUGGAGGAAAGAAAGAGAGAGACAGGGAGAAGGAGAGGAGAGCAGCAGGGAGGAGGUCGGAGGAAGAAGGGAGGGAUGAAUAGAUAGAGGAAGAAUGAGAGAAGUCUUCCAGCCUCCAGAAUCAUGAACGGUGCCCUCUACACCUCGUUUUUCCAGGGCCAGCUGGAGUCCGCGCUGGAGCAGGUGGUGCAGCUCGCCGUGCAGGAAAUAACCAAGAGCGUUGGCGCCAGCCUGGGGUCCAUGCUGCUGGAAACGGCCUCCAAAGAGCAGGAGAACCAGCGGCUCAGGUCUAAGCUCCAGGGAGGAGAUGGCAAGGCGAGAGACGGCGAGGAGCCCGCGGGAACCAAAGACGAGAAGCGGAGCUCCUGCGUGGGCUUUCAGGCGGACUCGCUGCGGCUGGAGCAGAAGAGGAGAGCUGUUGGUCAGCUGAAGAUGGUGAUGGAGCGUGUUCUGGAGUUUGCGUUGUGUGAACUGACCAAAAUCGUGGAGGACAGUUUUGAUGACUUGUUGCUGGAGCUGAAGAAGACCGAGCGGGAGCAUGAGAAGCUCAGGGAGCAACUCAAGGAGAUGGAGGAAAGCGGAGCUCGAGACGAGGAGCCACAGGAGCAGGAAAACAAAACUGACUCACCAGGCAGCUCGGAGGGAGCAGGAGCUAAAGAACAAGGACAGGAACUGACUGAGAACACAAGCGAAUCGGAGCCGGAGAGGCAGGCGGUCAUCACCGUGUCUCAGGACUGGGUGCCAAUUCUGGACAAAGUGUUUGGUCAGAAGUGGUGCAGUGACCUGUGGCACAUUAAGGAGCUGAGCAGUAAGGAGGAGUGCCCCGGGUCAGGGGCUGUGACAGAUGUGGACAGCCUGAUCCAGGAGAGUUUAUCUCCAGCUCCUCAGAAAAAUGCAGAGGUCACACCAGAAGUCACAGCAGACCCGCCUCAGUGGCUGCAGACACAUGAUACAGAGGUCACAACCGCUGACCCCCAGUGUACUUCGGUCAGCAGCUCUGUUGGUGAAGAUUCUCAGCUGAGGUCGCCCUCCAUGUUGCACCGACUCCUCACUCUUCCCUCACAGCUGCUGGAGGACGAUGAAGAGUCCAUGGAGGCUCUUCCCAGCCUGGCUGACCCUGAGGAUACUGUAGGGGCUGCAGUGACUCCAGGCCAAAGCAGUCAACAAGACAAAAUGGACAAUGAGGAGGAGGAGGAGGAGGAGGCAGCUCAGGAGGAAGAGGUAGAACAUGGAGACCAUGGAGACUCCUCCAGGAUUAAAGGUGGAAAAAAGCUCCAUGUCUGCAAAGAGUGUGGCAAGAAAUUUGCCCGCUCAAACCUGCUCAAAAUUCACCGGCAGACGCAUAAAGACAAAGACAUUGCAGCCCACUGCCCCGAGUGCGGGAAGCAGUUUUCCCACCUGAGCAAACUCCAGGCACAUCUGCGGACACAUUCGGGAGAAAAGCCGUUCUCCUGCACACAGUGCGGGAAGAACUUUAGCACUCUGGGCAACCUGAAGACACACCAGCGCAUUCACACCGGCGAGAGGCCUUACACCUGUUCCCAGUGCGGCAAGAGCUUCGGACAGGCGGGCAACCUGAAGAGGCACCAGCUCAUCCACACAGGCCAGAAGCCCUACACCUGUGCUCACUGCCCCAAGGGCUUCACUAAAGCAGAUGACCUUCGCUCACACCAGAGGCUGCACACAGGCGAGAAGCCUUUCACCUGCACAGAGUGCGGUAAGAGCUUUUGCCAGUCCAAGGAACUCAAAGCCCAUCAGCUCAGCCACACUGGAGAGAGGCCCUUCUGCUGCUCUCACUGCGGCAAGACCUUCACCAAGGAGAUGAGCUUCCGCAAUCACCAGCAAAUCCACACGGGUGAGAAGCCGUUCAGCUGCUCCCAGUGUGGCAAGACCUUCAGCAAUUCAGGGGUCCUCAAAACUCAUGAGAAGAUUCACUCUGGAGUGAGACCGUUCGGCUGCACGCAGUGCGGCAAGAGCUUCGGCCGCCUAGGACAUCUAAAAGCACACCAGCAGAUCCACACAGGCGAGCGGCCGUUUGCGUGCCAGCAGUGCGGCAAAAGUUUCAGCCAGUCAGGCCACCUUAAAGCACACGAGCAGAUUCAUAAACGAGAGCGGCCUGAUCUCAGCAGCGGCAGCAGUCGCAGUAACGACAGUAGCUAAACACCUCUUAACCUCUCAAAAGUAUUAUUCCUUUUUUUUUUUUCUUUUUUUUUUUUUUAAAUAAAAUCUACAGUAUAUAUAUAAUUAUAUAUGUUUCCUUAUGUUUUCAUAUCGUAUGUUCUUGUUUGUUUUCUUUCUUCGUUUUUUGGCAAUAUAUAUUUUUUUGGUCCACAUUUGUGACUGAUUUGCUCUUAUGCAAGUGUCUUUAUGUUUGGGGGAUCAGUGAAGUUGCGUAGAAAGCUUUGUAUCUCGUCUGAUCUGUGUUGUAGUGAGUGCCAUUCUAGUUUCUUUCCUCCAGAAAAAUACUCACUGUGUACACAUUUAUUGAUAACAUGUAAUUCCUAAACCAUGUAUUUCAAUGAAUUAUUAAAAAAACUAAUGUAAAAACUA